AUGGCAGCAAAAAUAAUUAUUGAUAGUCCGUCGGAUGAUGACGAACCAAAAUCUCAAAUGGAACAUCAUCGUUUAUUACGACCACCAUCAUUAGAUAUUAUACCGAAAACUUUCAAAUCAUUUCCACAAAGUAUUAUUCAAUCUAUUGAAACUAAUCGAAAACAACGUUUGCCUUAUACACGUUCUUCUACAGAUUUUCUUCAUGUACAACAAUCAUCCAUAGAUACAACUGAUGAUGAUAUAGAUGAUAAUUAUGAAACAACAACAACAACAACAACGACAACAUCAAAUUCAAGUCGAAAACGUUCAUUAAAUGUAAGUCAUAAUGAUCGCGUGCCAUUAGAAAUUCGUGUUACUUUAUAUCCUGAUGAACCUAAUCAAAAUUUAACAAAUGGACAAAUCAUAUUAACAAAUUCAGCAUAUGGAAAUGAAAUAGAUGGUUCUGAUCCGUCAUUUCUUGAAAUAAAAUCUUCAAAACAAAAACGUAUUGAAUAUUUACGACGUACUCUAUUAGAUCAUCGUUUUAGUCGUCGAAUGCAGUCAUCAUUUUCUUCUUCAACAACAUUACGUUCACUUAAUCGACGUCGUUCAACACAAAAUUUUUCUCAACGUUCAAGUCGUCGUCCAUCACAUUAUUUAUCACGAAAUUCUAAAUGGCAUUUUGUUCGUAAUCAUUUACAUGAUAUUGCUAUGAUGAGUGAAUCAUAUGCACGUAUAAAAGUAGUUGAACGUGAUUUACGUUGGAUACAUUUACGUGAAGUAAUAUGCAAACAUAUGUUUGAUAUGCGUGAAAUGUCAAUACUUCGUCAACAAGAUGAUGGAACAAUCGGUAAAUCUGCUAAAACAAGUUUUGAUUUAAAAUCAAUUCCACAUAAUGAAGUUGUACAUGUUGAGCAAGAUGGUCGAGUUUAUUCAAUGGGUAUACGUGAUCUUGUUUUAGGUCGUUUCAUUGGUGAAGACUUACAAUUAGAUACAGUUGCACAAUUAGAAGCAAGAAGAAAAUUUCAAGUCAAACAAAAUUUAUCAAAACGACAAGAAGGAAGAGCUCGUUUAAAAAAGAAUAUUGCUUUUUCAUUUUGUUUAUGUAAUUUAUCGUUUAUUGCUCUUAUGUUUGCUGCAAUGUUUAUUUUUGCUAUGACAACUAUUGUUGAAUUAAGAUCAAGAGAAUUUUUUUGA